AUGAAGUUGGAAAAUGAGACAUGGAUAGUGAAAGAAUUUGUGCUUGUGGGGUUUUCCAAUCUUCCGGAUCUGAAGGCUACUCUCUUCACUCUUUUCCUGCUCAUGUACUUGAUCACACUCAGUGGCAACGUCACUAUCAUUACCAUCAUCUACCUGGAUCACACUCUCCACACUCCCAUGUACUGUUUCUUAGGGGUCCUGUCCCUCUCAGAGACUUGUUACACACUGGUCACCAUUCCCAACAUGCUGGUCCACCUGUUGAUGGAGAACCAUGUCAUCUCCAUUCCCAGUUGUCGGACCCAGAUGUUCUUUUUUCUUGGCCUGGGCUGCAGUCAUUGUUUCCUUCUCACAUUGAUGGGCUAUGACCGGUAUGUGGCUAUCUGCCACCCACUCCGUUACGCAGUGAUCAUGAAUCCGUCUGUUUGCCUUUAUCUGGGAAGCCUGGUCUUCUGCUCAGGAUUUCUGGUGGCUGUCACUGAGACUUGCCUCAUAUUUUCCUCCUCCUUCUGCCACAGCAACCGAGUGGAACACUUCUUCUGUGACAUUGCACCAGUUCUCAAACUUAGCUGUACUCCGAGUGCAGCCAAGGCCCUGACUAUCUUCUUCUUUAGUGUGAUUGUGGUGCUGGCCUCCUUCCUCCUCAUUCUGCUCUCAUAUGCCUUCAUUGUGGCUGCCAUUGUGAGGAUCCCUUCUGCUGCAGGACGGCGCAAAGCCUUCUCCACUUGUGUGUCUCAUCUCACAGUGGUCAUUGUGCAUUUUGGAUGUGCCUCUAUAAUCUAUCUGAGACCAAAGUCAGGGAGCAACCCAGAUCAGGACCGCAUGGUGGCUGUCUUCUACACAGUAGUUACCCCAUUGCUUAACCCUGUGGUGUACACCCUACGCAACAAGGAGGUCAGAGUAGCACUAAAGAGGACCUUGGGUCGCAAACUAAGGACCCAGAAUGACUAA